AUGUCUUCCCUGGUAUCCGACUUCAUUAUCAAUCCCGUGUUGCGUCAAGCUCGUCGAUUUUCUGAGAUAUCACGAACGACCCUGACUGGUGAGGAUCAUGAGACGACUCCUUCAGUCAACACAGAUGCUCUGAGCGACUCCGGCAUUGCCGAAGAGGUGGUACAUGAGGCACCUGAUGAACAUGAGACAACCGAGGACCAAGAACCCAUUGCGAGGCCAGAGACUCCCCGCUCGAGGCCCGUGAGCACGUCAACCCAGGAGACUAGAGUUGAGGAAACCGUAGGAACUCCUCCCGCGGCCAGCGAUGCGCCUCAUGACCACCUAGGAUUCCCCUUGUCGCCAAGGAGGGGUCGAGCGAUCCCGGAGGACGACGGGAUGCACGACUUGAGAAAACGGAUACAGGCUAUUAAUGCUGAAAAUAGUCCAUCGUCCGAGAAGGCCAGGCGUAUGCACGAGUUAUUGCUCGAGGGUUAUCGUGCGUCGCAAAUUUCCGGCCGUAGAAUACCAACAGCUCCAUUAGACGAUGAGGCACUUGGCCACGCCUGGGAGCCAUCGACAUCCCCGGGUCCCCUGGAGUCCUUGAAGUCUUGGUACAAUCAUACUGUCGAUCAACCUUCAACGGCGGAGAAAUUUGUUCUCAGCGACAGUGACCUUGCUCCGACCUUUGCGCCAAUACGUCCAAGAAAGGGCUCCGAUGUUGAACCUCAACCUCAUGGCCAGGGUUCCGUCACGCCGCCGGAGUCGCAAGCGCCAUUGGGAUGCCAGCACUAUGAACGAAACGUCAAGCUGCAAUGUUUUACUUGCAAGAAAUGGUACACUUGCCGGUUUUGCCAUGAUGCUGUCGAAGACCACAGCCUGGUUCGAAGAGAAACAAGAAACAUGUUGUGUAUGCUUUGCGGGACGCCGCAGAAGGCUUCUGACAUGUGCAUCAACUGUGGCGAAAUUUCGGCUCACUACUACUGUAACAUCUGCAAAUUGUGGGAGAAUCGAAAGAGCAAGCCAAUCUACCACUGCAACGACUGUGGUAUCUGCCGGCGAGGACUGGGUCUUGGCAAGGACUUUUUCCACUGCAAGACCUGCCGUGCGUGCAUCACCACAUCCAUUCAGAGCUCUCACAAGUGCAUUGAGCGAUCAACCGACUGCGACUGCCCAAUCUGCGGAGAGUACAUGUUCACAUCACCCAAGCCAGUAGUCUUCAUGACAUGCGGACAUAGUAUACAUAAGAGGUGCUAUGAUCAACACAUGAGGGUCUCAUACAAAUGUCCGAUCUGCAAUAAAAGCUUAGCCAACAUGGAGACCCAGUUUCGCAAUCUAGAUGUUGCCAUUCUGAGCCAGCCCAUGCCGCCGGAAUUCCGAGACACGAGAGCGACGGUUCUUUGCAAUGACUGUUCCGGAAAAUGCGUUGUGCCCUACCACUGGCUCGGACUGAAAUGUUCCAUAUGCCAGUCGUACAAUACCGUUGAAUUGCAAAUUCACGGCCAAGGCAGCCAAGAGCUUCAAACUGCGGCGGAGCGAGCGGAGGCAGCCGUAAGUGCGCAGCAAUCUAUCGACGUUCAACGCUCAGCCAUGACAACUCCCGCAACUACAAAUGUUACGUCGGUACGCGCUGGGACUUUGAUUCCCAACAGACGAAGGCACUCAUCGCAUGGGGUCGAGCUUCAGCACCGAGCACCAGAUAGAUUCGCACGGUCCUUAUCGCCCCUCGAGUCUGCGGUGGAUUCUCAUCUUGCUCAAAUCGCCGGUGAUGCGGAUUCUGAUGACGAUAUUCUGGGGUUUUGGAGGGGAAACAGGAGUCAAGAGGAGGAGAAUGAUGACGACAACGACAACGAGGAGCUGAGUGAGGAAGAAUCUGAUUCCGACCAGGACAGUGACGGUAUGAUUGGCGCAGACGAGGAUGAUGAUGACGAUGACGAUAUUCUCCUCAUUGGACAUAGGUAA